ACAAGAAAGAAAAAGAGAGAGAGAGAGAGGAAACAGAAGAAAGAAGCAAGCAAAACCCAAUCCAGGGAUUUGGUGGGUAAGCGAAAGGAAGGGGAAAGGCGACGACGAUGAGAAGCAAGUAGCCGUCGCCAAGCCGAACCACGGGCGAAGAAAGCAAAGGCGAACCGCAGCUCACCGCGGCGGCGCCUACCCGAUCCGUCGCCGCCUCCGGUCGGAAGGGGCUCCAUGGAGCAGCGUGCGGCCCCCGAUCGGAGCGACGCCCCGGCCAGGGAGCGCGAGUGGCGGGAGGAGCUGCGGCAGCAGCAGUCCCAGGUGGACGCGCUGCGGGAGCGGCUCGUGGAGGUGAAGGUCGGGAUGCGGUGCUCCGAGGGCGACUCCCGGAGGGAGCUGGACCACCUGUGCCGCAGGGUGAAGACCAUCGCCACGCUGCUGGCGUACCUCAAGUCCAAGGCCAGGAUCAUGGCCAUACCCCAUCUCGCGCACACCUCCUGCGGGAUCAGGCUCCAGGAGGGCAUCGGGUACAUCGACAGGCACGGCGUGCCGCUGGCGGAUUGGCCCAAGGGCGCCGAGCCCGUGUCCUGUGGGGCAAAUUCUGGCGACAGGAUGGCGGUGGAGAGUAGCGCCGCUCCUGAGCAUGGCGAUGCCGUUGUGGGGGAUGUGGAUGUGGACGACAUUCUCAAGUCCAUCCGUGUGGUCACGGAUGUGAUGGAGUCGCUUGUGAAGAGAGUGAUUGUCGCUGAAUCCGAAGCCGCUAACGAGAAGGAGAAGGUGAGGAUGGGGUUGGAAGAGAUCAGGAGGAAGACUUUGCAGGUCGAGACCAUGUCGGCGAAGGUCGAGGAGAUGGAGAAGUUUGCUGUGGGUACGAAUGGGAUGCUGAAUGAGAUGAGGCAGAGGGUUGAAGAUAUGGUGCUGGAGACCACUCGGCAGAGGCAGCGCGCUGCUGAAAACGAGCAGGAGCUUAGUCGGGUGAAGCAGGAUUUCGAGUCGCUGAGAACAUAUGUUAGCACUCUUGUUAGUGUCAGAGAAACUCUUCUGUCAUCAGAGAAGCAAUUCGAAACAAUGGAGAAACUUUUUGACAGGCUAGUUGCCAAGACUAAUCAGCUUGAGACUGAGAAAGCUCAGAAAGAAGCUGAAGUCCAGAAGGUGAUGGAGGAGAAUGUGAGGCUACGUGCCAUGCUGGACAAGAAGGAGGCACAGCUCCAGGCGAUGAGUGAGCAGUGCAAGUUCAUGGCGCUGAACCACCACAACUAGCAGGCGAUGGGCCUGAGGCGGCUGCACUCUCGUCCUACUGAUGUACCUUACAAACUACAAUUACAUUGUUGUGAUAUGUUAGAGAAAAGAAAGAAAGAAAGAACAGAUACCGUGGGAUAAGUCGCCGCUGCGCUGUCCAAGUUCCAGCGCUGUGAUUCAUGAUGCAAACAAUUGUUCCCUUAGGUGUGAGUAGUCUGCUCAACUGUAGCUGACAUUGUUUCAUGAUGAAGGUGUGUAGAAUACUGGAAACGAUCUGUCCAAUUUCGCAAGCUCACUGUGACGUCGUUGUGCUUGCUUUA